AUGGCCAGUAACAAUCUAUUCACAAUUGUGCUUGUUUAUCCCAAUUGUCGUAUGAGAAAUGGCGACAACGGGGUGACAUUUGAGUGUCAGGAUCCGAUAUUAUUUCGCACUCAGCGUGUGGAGACGUUGUCAGAUUUGAAGAAUUUGAUAUUGAGCAAGCUCGGUGAUACACAAGCGAGGGAGGUAGGUAGGGUGGGGUAUAGGUUGCUAGCACCCAUGGAAAAUGGAGUCUUCCGGUUUCGAUUAUUCCGACUUCACGGGGACGAGCAUGUGCGACUGAUGUUCGACAUUCAUGGGAGGAUCAUGUGUGAACAGGUAAUGGAGCUGUCCGCCAAGGGUGAGGAGGAGUCAGACGAGGAUUACGUGGCAGACAGUGCGGACAGUGAGUCUUCCGAUGGUGGCGAUGAGGAUGAGUUUGUGCCGGAGACACCUGCAGGGGUUGUGCCGCGCCAUGUGCUGCCUCCACCUCACCCGAUUCCAGCGCUAUCGGCUAUGCCAAGUGACUAUCACAGUCUAGAUCUGGACGCCAUGCAUGAGAGGAUCCCAGUUUCUGACACCUGUGGAGUGGAUUACAACCUAAACGGCGGUGUAGAGUUUCAGGUCGGACACAGGUUCAGAAGCCGAGAGGCGGUGAUUCAAGGUGUGAAGAACUACAGUAUUCGCAGGAGUGUUGAGUACCGGGUGAUCGAGUCUGACCGGGAGGUUCGGAGGUUUGGUGGACCACACAGCUGUCUAGCACCCACCAUGUCUCAAGACCAUCGUCAGUUAGAUAGCAGUCGCAUCUGCAUAGUCAUAUUGCCCUUGAUUCAGUCCAACCCCUCUGUCACUAUCCCGGUCUUGCAAGGUGUAGUCCAGGCACUGCUGAGCUGUUUCUCCGGCACCAUAUGUGACCUACGCGUCAAACCGUACUACGAAGGACACCUCAUGGGACGCGACUGCUGCAUGUUUGACAAAGUAUUUUGGGAUUUCCCGUCAUAUGUCGAGGCCUUCAAGCAUUGCAAGCCGUUUGUAUCUGUAGACGACAUGCAUCUAUAUGGCAAGUACGGUGGAGUGUGCUUAUUGCGGUGGCGCAAGACGGAAACAGCAACAUACAACAACAUACUGCCAUGGGAGGCCUGGCGCCGAGGAGUUGCUCCACCAACGCCGACGUCUCCGUAUGGUAUCACCUACCAGAGUCAGGGAGGCAGCCCCCGACGGGGUUACCGUGUGCGCGUAGGCCUAGGUGAUACGCCACGUCCUGCAAGGUGA